AGAGGGUAUCGUGUUCAUUAGAACCCGAAGCCAUAACCUAAAAAAAUGUAUACAGUGUUAGUAUAAAUAUCUUGAUAUUGACACCGAGUAAUUUUAUUCCGCGUAUAUAUUCAUUAAUGGCUGGGGGUGAUAUAAAGUUUAAUUUACGAAACCUAGAUUUUCCGUAUUGUGCUACGGAAGCAUUGUGCAGAAUCGAAGUACUAUGCGGCAAAUCCGGGAAACAGAUGGAUUUACAACUGGAUUUAAUAUCCGAAUUCGUGUUCGGAGAAAUAGAAAGGCGGAAGAAACGCAACAUGACACUAGCGAUACAAGAAUUGCAAUUAAUAGAAGUUCUGAGCGACUUUUUCCAAAGUCCUGGAGGAAUGCCCGCCGUACGGAACGCAAUAUUUUUAUCUCUUUUCCCUGCAGAUAGUCCCAGAUAUAAAAUUUUAGGCAAUUUAGUAUCUUUAUCUAUUGCCACCCAAAAUAAAGCAAUCUUGAACGCAACCGGAAUUUGGAUGCAACAGUUAGGCUCUACUUCUCCGCAAAGCGUAGGAUUAGCAAGGCACGUACUUAACGACUAUUUUGUCCUUACGCCAAAAUCUAUCGACAAGUUGAUGCAGCUUCCUGUUCUCGCAUCACAUUUCACUGCCAACUUACUGACAGCAAUAGGCGAGGUUUAUGAGGAUAAAGAUCCACCUACAGAAUUGCUCAGGUUAAUUGGAGAAUGGAUAGAUGAAAAUCCAGGUCUUCUGUUAACUCCUUUAAUGGAUAAUCCUGCUUUACCAACUGGUGGCAUUCCAAUGACACCGAUAACACCCAUAGCAGGUUUAUUCAGGUGGUGUAUUUUAUCUCCUCUACGUGUUAAUACCAUAGAAAAUGCGGAGAAUUCUGAAGAACAAAAAAAACUUUAUUCUAAAAUUCAACAACUACUAAUGGAUUCAGUAUUAAGAUUGAAGAAUAGUAGAAACAAUAAACAUGCUAUAUCAGCGCAGCACUUCGCAGCUACUACUCGAACUUUGACUACUAGUUUACAGUCUCAAGUAAACGUCAGUUCAACUCUACACGAUUUAGCUAUGGCACGACUUGCACAGGCCGUUAGCGCAGCAAUGUCCGCAAAUUGCAUUUAUGGUAACAAACAAGAAUUAUUAGCUUUGUUGCAACCUUUAUCGUACCAACAUUUCUUAAUCGAAUGGACAUUACAAACCUAUGCAUCUAAAGCUACUUAAUUACAUUGUAUUAUGGUAAUAUUGUAUUUUAUGUUUGAACUGUACAUAAUGUAUAACAGUAUACAUGACUGAAUCAUAGCUGUAAAUAUAAACAAAAUUUUUAAGAUCUAAUAAAUAUUUAUUUCGUGUUAAAA